UGUCAUGAGCUAAGCAGUCGUACCAAGACCAGUUAGUGAGAGUACAAGUUACACAGUGAACAGGCUGUCUUGACCACUGGAAAUCCAAGACAAAGGUGUCACGCUGCGUCUUAGUCCGAGGAAAGAUUCAGCAUGGAUGAUAUCUACCUUCCAGUGAACCUAAGAUGUACUCUGCCCUUCGCUGUGUUAUUAGCAGUGUCUCCAGCCUUGGCAAACAUUCGGCUCAUAAAUGGGACGCAUCGUUGUGCUGGAAUAGUUGAGGUUCUUCAUGACGGUCAGUGGGGUACCAUAUGUGGUAGCAAAGCCUGGAAGACCGACAGUGCUGAGGUGGUUUGCAAAGAGCUUGGAUGUGGGAGACUCCGUUGGACCGAAAAACAUGAUCGAAAAUCCUCUCAGCCGAUCUGGCUUGACAAUGUUGACUGUGAUGGAAAGGAGUCCUCAGUGAAGAACUGCGGCCACGGACCUUGGGGUAACCACCGUGGAUCUAUCUGUGAACACUCCAACGCGGGCGUUGUCUGCUCAAACACCUCUAAUUCAGUUGAUGUGAGGCUGAUAAAGAGGUCUGACCGCUGUGCUGGCCAAGUGGAGGUUUAUCGUGAUGGACAGUGGGGCCCUGUGUGUUAUCAUCACUUGAAUAUGACUGAUGCUGAAGCGGUUUGCCAGAAGCUGGGCUGUGGCUAUGCCCUUGAGGUGGUCAACUCAGUACUGAGAGGGAGGAUUUAUGAUUGUGGACUUGGUGAAGGUGCUGCUGAGGUUGUCUGUUCAGCCGUCAGGCUGGUGAAUGGGCCUAAUCGAUGCGCUGGCAGAGUGGAGGUUUUCCACAACGGAGAAUGGGGAACCGUGUGUCAUGACUUCUGGGACAUGACAGACGCUAAAGUGGUCUGUAAAGAGCUGGGCUGUGGGGAGGCCAUUGAAGCACCAAAGGAUGCUCAUUUUGGAGAGGGAUCAGGGCAGAUCUGGCUGGAUGACAUGUUAUGCACUGGAAAUGAGUCGACUCUGAUGAGCUGUGGUCAUCAACGUCUGGGAACCCAUAACUGUGGACAUCACCGAGACGCUGGGGCUGUCUGUUCGGAGUUAAUUACUACCAUGGUAGAAUGCAAGGAUGUGAAGUGUAAGCUCCGUUUUCUGGGUGAACUGAAAAAGAACACAUUAGUGCUACCUGAGCGGGUAUUGACCAAAGCACUGGAUUAUUUACUGGACAUUAACCAACCGAAUCUGACAUCAUUCGGAGGCGCCGUGGUUCAAUCUGCUGAGUGGCUGGCAUCCAGGCUGAUGCAACCGGGUCUCACCAACAAAACAAUUACAACAAAUACCACAGAGUUACAGAUUGUGAGUGUUGGAACAAAUGCCUCUCUAACUGCACACACUCAGCUGAUGUCUUCUGACGUCCUUCUGGACAUUGACCUCCUGGGAAUCGCCCAGAAUAACAAUGGUUCAGCAUCUGUGGUAUUGAUGUCCUACAAGAAUAUGCAGGAUGUCCUUCAUGCCAGUCUCUUCAAAACAGAAAAUGACACAACUAAGACCAUGUUGUCAAAAGUGGUGUCGGUCAUUUUACCGAACACCCAGAACAAGACACUGUCUAGUCCAGUCAACAUCACUUUCCAACACGUCAAAGCGAGGCCCUCAGAUCUAAUUGGGGAGGUCUCUUGUGUGUACUGGAACAUCAGUUCUUGGAUAGAGGAUGGAUGUCACGUCAGCCAAACCAACACCAGACACACUGUGUGCACCUGUGUCCACCUGUCUACCUUUGCUCUCAUCAUGCAGACAGAGAUUUCCAAGAUUCCUGGGCCGCCAGUCACCGUCUCGGUGUGUCCGCAGGUGCUGUGUAAGGUCCUCUCAGGUGUGCUGCACUUCCUCUACCUGUGUUGCUUUGUGUGGAUGUCCAUCGAGGCUCUGCUGCUCUUCUCCUCCAUCAGGAAGCUCAGACAGGUCAAACCCAACGACCGCGCAGGGCCACACUGGGGUUACAAGCUCCUGAUUGGCUACGGAGUUCCACUGGUCAUUGUGGCCGUGUCUGCUGGGGGGGCGCUUCUGAGGACGAGGGGGCCUGGCGACGUGGUCGACCUCGGCGGCGAGGAGCAGGUCGACUGGGAUGGGCAUGAUGGAACUCCACAAGCAAGGCAGGAUCGAGGACGUCAUCUCGACGAACCCAGGAGCGAUCCUCGGGGCCGUAUCCCUCCCAGUCGAUCAGCCGUCAGGCUGGUGAAUGGGCCUAAUCGAUGCGCUGGCAGAGUGGAGGUUUUCCACAACAGAGAGUGGGGAACCGUGUGUCAUAACGAAUGGGACAUGACGGAUGCUAAAGUGGUCUGUAAAGAGCUGGGCUGUGGGGAGGCCAUUGAAGCACCAAAGGAUGCUCAUUUUGGAGAGGGAUCAGGGCAGAUCUGGCUGGAUGACAUGUUAUGCACUGGAAAUGAGUCGACUCUGAUGAGCUGUGGUCAUCCACGUCUGGGAACCCAUAACUGUGGACAUCACCAAGACGCUGGGGCUGUCUGUUCGGAGUUAAUUACUACCAUGGUAGAAUGCAAGGAUGUGAAGUGUAAGCUCCAUUUUCUGGGUGAACUGAAAAAGUACACAUCAGUGCUACCUGAGAGGGUAUUGACCAAAGCACUGGAUUAUUUACUGGACAUUAACCAACCGAAUCUGACAUCAUUCGGAGGAGCUGUGGUUCAAUCUGCUGAGUGGCUGGCAUCUAGACUGAUGCAACCGGGUCUCACCAACAAAACAAUUACAACAAAUACCACAGAGUUACAGAUUGUGAGUGUUGGAACAAAUGCCUCUCUAACUGCACACACUCAGCUGAUGUCUUCUGACGUCCUUCUGGACAUUGCCCUCUUGGGAAUCGCCCAGAAUAACAAUGGUUCAGCAUCUGUGGUAUUGAUGUCCUACAAGAAUAUGCAGGAUGUCCUUCAUGCCAGCCUCUUCAAAACAGAAAAUGACACAACUAAGACCAUGUUGUCAAAAGUGGUGUCGGUCAUUUUACCGAAAACCCAGAACAAGACACUGUUUAGUCCAGUCAAUAUCACCUUCCAACACGUCAAAGCGAGGCCCUCAGAUCUAAUUGGGGAGGUCUCUUGUGUGUACUGGAACGUCAGUUCUUGGAUAGAGGAUGGAUGUCACGUCAGCCAAACCAACACCGAACACACUGUGUCCACUUGUCUACCUUUGCUCUCAUCAUGCAGACAGAGAUACCAAUUUCAGAUCGAUACAAGAUUUCUAAGGUGUUGCUUUGUGUGGAUGUCCAUCGAGGCCCUGCUGCUCUUCUCCUCCGUCAGGAAGCUCAGACAGGUCAAGCCCAAUGACCGUGCGGGGCCACACUGGGGUUACAAGCUCCUGAUUGGCUACGGAGUUCCACUGGUCAUUGUGGCCGUGUCUGCUGGGGUGAUGCCUGAUGGAUAUGGAAGUCAGCAGUGCUGGCUCAAGACCGACUAUGGGUUUAUCUGGAGUUUCCUUGGUCCUGUUUGCCUCAUUCUUGCGGGCAACAUCAUACUCUUUAUCGCCAUCAUAGUCACUCUGCAGUCCACUCUAAAAGAGGCACACAGUGACGUGUCUAAGGUGAAAUACACCAGUGAUGACACCAAGGUGCUAUCCACCAGCCUGACUCACAAGGAAUACGCCUCCUGGAUUCCCCUCGCCUGUUCCAGCGUCCACCUGGUCCGACCCCACGAGUCACCUCCGGAUUUGGAUCUACUAUGUUCUGUGAACCUAAGAUGUGCUCUGCCCUUCGCUUUUUUAUUAGUGUCUCCAGCCUUGGCAAACAUUAGGCUCAUAAAUGGGAUGCAUCGUUGUGCUGGAAUAGUUGAGGUUCUUCAUGACGGUCAGUGGGGUACCAUAUGUGGUGGCAAAGCCUGGAAGACCGACAGUGCUGAGGUGGUUUGCAAAGAGCUUGGAUGUGGGAGACUCCGUUGGACCGAAAAACAUGAUCGAAAAACCUCUCAGCCGAUUUGGCUUGACAAUGUUGACUGUGAUGGAAAGGAGUCCUCAGUGAAGAACUGCGGCCACUGGCCUUGGGGUAACCACCGUGCAUCUAUCUGUGAACGCUCCAACGCGGGCGUUGUCUGCUUAAACACCUCUAAUUCAGCUGAUAUGAGGCUGAUAAACGGGUCUGACCGCUGUGCUGGCCGAGUGGAGGUUUAUCGUGAUGGACAGUGGGGCCCUGUGUGUGAUCAUCACUGGAAUAUGACUGAUGCUGAAGCGGUUUGCCAGAAGCUGGGCUGUGGCUAUGCCCUUGAGGUGGUCAACUCAGUCCGGAGAGGGAGGAUUUAUGAUUGUGGACUUGGUGAAGGUGCUGCUGAGGUUGUCUGUUCAGCCGUCAGGCUGGUGAAUGGGCCUAAUCGAUGCGCUGGCAGAGUGGAGGUUUUCCACAACAGAGAAUGGGGAACCGUGUGUCAUGACUUCUGGGACAUGACGGACGCUAAAGUGGUCUGUAAAGAGCUGGGCUGUGGGGAGGCCAUUGAAGCACCAAAGGAUGCUCAUUUUGGAGAGGGAUCAGGGCAGAUCUGGCUGGAUGACAUGUUAUGCACUGGAAAUGAGUCGACUCUGAUGAGCUGUGGUCACUUACGUCUGGGAACCCAUAACUGUGGACAUCACCGAGACGCUGGGGCUGUCUGUUCGGGGUUGAUUACUACCAUGGUAGAAUGCAAGGAUGUGAAGUGUAAGCUCCGUUUUCUGGGUGAACUGAAAAAGAACACAUUAGUGCUACCUGAGAGGGUAUUGACCAAAGCACUGGAUUAUUUACUGGACAUUAACCAACCGAAUCUGACAUCAUUCGGAGGAGCUGUGGUUCAAUCUGCUGAGUGGCUGGCAUCUAGACUGAUGCAACCGGGUCUCACCAACAAAACAAUUACAACAAAUAACACAGAGUUACAGAUUGUGAGUGUUGGAACAAAUGCCUCUCUAACUGCACACACUCAGCUGAUGUCUUCUGACGUUCUUCUGGACAUUGACCUCCUGGGAAUCGCCCAGAAUAACAAUGGUUCAGCAUCUGUGGUAUUGAUGUCCUACAAAAAUAUGCAGGAUGUCCUUCACGCCAGCCUCUUCAAAACAGAAAAUGACACAACUAAGACCAUGUUGUCAAAAGUGGUGUCAGUCAUUUUACCGAAAACCCAGAACAAGACACUGCCAAGUCCAAUCAACAUCACCUUCCAACACAUCAAAGGGCCCUCAGAUCUAAUUGGGGAGGUCUCUUGUGUGUACUGGAACAUUAGUUCAUGGAUAGAGGAUGGAUGUCACGUCAGCCAAACCAACACCGAACACACUGUGUGCACCUGUGUCCACCUGUCUACCUUUGCUCUCAUCAUGCAGACAGAGAUUUCCAAGAGCGAUCUAACCUUGGAGUUGCUGCAUACCAUCUUGGUGUCGAUUGGGUUGGUGUUCCUGACCGUGGCUGUGGUGACCUUUGCCAUCUGCCGGUUUAACCCCAGAGUGACCAACGCCGCUCGUCUCAACCUCUGCAUCUGCCUGCUGCUAGCUCAUCUCCUGUUUCUGCGCACCCAGAACUACCUGCACCUCAUUAAACCUCACCAGGUGCUGUGUAAGGUCCUCUCAGGUGUGCUGCACUUCCUCUACCUGUGUUGCUUUGUGUGGAUGUCCAUGGAGGCCCUGCUGCUCUUCUCCUCCGUCAGGAAGCUCAGACAGGUCAAACCCAACGACCGCGCAGGGCCACACUGGGGUUACAAGCUCCUGAUUGGCUACGGAGUUCCACUGGUCAUUGUGGCCGUGUCUGCUGGGGUGAUGCCUGAUGGAUAUGGAAGUCAGCAGUGCUGGCUCAAGACCGACUAUGGGUUUAUCUGGAGUUUCCUUGGUCCUGUUUGCCUCAUUCUUGCGGGUAACAUCAUACUCUUUAUCACCAUCAUAGUCACUCUGCAGUCCACACUAAAAGAGGCACGCAGUGAUGUGUCUAAGGUGAAAUACACAAGAGUCCUACUGUUCAAAAUCAUGGCCCAGUUUGUCAUCCUGGGUUGCCCAUGGAUCCUUGGCAUGUUUACAGCAAAGAGCAAAGUCCUUGAAUUUAUCUUCAUAAUUCUCACCUCACAACAAGGCACUUUCAUCUUUCUUGUUCACUGUCUCCUGAAUGAUGAGGUGCGGCGUCAGUACAAAAAAUGGUGGCAGGAAUUCAGUCCACCUGAGAAAGAUCUGUCUACCACUGCUACCACAUUGGCCUUAAAUGACUACGUCACAACAGGAACUCAUUAAGAAUGACCACCAAAGAUUUAAGGGAACCCAAUGGAUUCACUUGACAACCAAUUAAAUUCUGUGUGAUUCUCUAUGGGCUUUGCAAUCAACCAUGCAGUACUCAGCAUCCCAUUUUGUGAUACAGAAACGAUUAAUACGAUUCAUACUUUGCUUACACAACAGCCGUAAAAUCCAUCUAUAGGCUACCAGAUCUGAAAGACCUGUCUUUAACCUUCUCAGUAAACCUGCUACGUUAUCAUGUCCAUAUUCAUUUAUCAAGAUCCUGGUUCCUGCUUUAAAUGUAGGCCUAUAUGGGAUUGUUUAUCUGUUUGAAUUUCAAAAUCGACUAAAAUGUGUAGUAGGCUAUAAAUAGGCUAUGUAUAGGCCUAGCUUAGUUUUUUUUUUAAAUGCUAUUAUUAUUGUUGUU